UUUGUUUCACUACGAAAUUAAAGGAAAAGCAUCCGAAUUCUCUGAGCAAGUCCUGAUUACAAUGGCUAAGGCAACGAGAGGCCGCCAGAAGAUUCAGAUAAAGAAACUGGAAGACGAGAGCAGCCGCCAAGUCACUUUCUCCAAGCGCCGCAACGGUCUGUUCAAGAAAGCCAGCGAGCUCUGCGUUUUAUGUGGUGCCAACAUAGGCAUCAUCGUCUUCUCUCCCAAGGGAAAACCUUUUUGCUUUGGUCACCCCAACGUCGACGCGGUGGUGGAUCGUUAUCUCAGCGGAAACCCCACUCUGCAUGGGGAGGAGGAUUCGGAGACGAGCUGCGACGGCACCCCAUGUUUCGAAGAGUUCGACGAGGAGUGCAAGAAGGCAAUGGAGAAGCUAGAGGAAAAGAAGAGGCGGAGUAAAGAGAUUGAAAAAGAGAAGGGAGAGAGGAAAAAGAAGGGACAGUUUUGGUGGGAUGAGCCCAUCGACAACAUGGGGGUAGAAGAACUUGAGGCGUACAUCAAAGCCAUGGAGGAGUUGAGGAAGAAUGUGGCUAGGAGGGCUAACGACUUGAUGGGGGAUGUUUUCGCGGCGGCUACGGUGGCUAAUUCUGGCGGUUUGGGUACUGGUUUUGCUGAUCAAAAUGGUGGUUUUGGCUAUGGUGACGAUGCUUUUCAUUUUGGUCAUGGCCAUGGCCUAGGUUUUGGAGGUGGACAGUUCUGAAAAUGGCGGUCGUAGGCUUGUCCAUUCUUCUUUUCAUCUAUUUUUUGGACAUGGUUGUAUUUCUUUUCUUUUUCUUUUAAAUUAUUGAAGGUAGGAUUCUAUCUACUUUAU